GAAGAUCCUCCUCAUCAGGCCCAAGAUGGCCUUGGCCAACGAAGGCAACUACCGGGAACUGCGCUGGUUCACCCCCUGGUCCAGGAGCCGCGACAUUGCUGCUUCCUGACCUACAGAUGGGGACAGAGGACUCCUCUAGAACGCUGUGGCCGUGAGGAGGUCUGUGGGCAUCUUGUUUCUGUUCCCAGUGCUGAUGGGUGGGAGAGGACUUGUCCACUCAGCUCUAUGACUUCUGGCAUUGUGCUUAAGUAGAAGAACCACUGGCAGUGUGCCCAUGGGCCACCAACUCUAAGAAAGCACAGAGCAGUCUGCAUUUGGCAUCUAAGCAGUGUACUGGGUAGUGGCUUGUUUGAGGAUGAGACCUCGUAGACCAAAGCCAUGUGUGGUAAAUACUCUGCCUGUUAAAGACUGGAGUAUGACCCUGUUGUCUCAUUGGUAAGGUAGGUAUGGUUAUGUCUGUAGGUAAACAUCGCAGGACUUUCCCACAGUUGGGAAGAGCCCAGAUUUCUCCCUUGGAACAAUGUCCUGAUUCCAGUCCCACUCUCCCAAAGUCUCUCAGAAAAUAGAGAGGCAGAGACACUCCAGUAUGCAUGAGUACUACAGUGUCUGCCAUAGGCAAACUGAGGAGUAUGUCCUCCCUCGGAUGUUACAGGACCUGACAAAGCAGAAAACCGUUCCCUUCGGAGAUGUGGUACUUGCCACCAGGGACACUUGUAUUGGGAGCGAGGUCUGUGAAGAGCUCUGGACACCGCGCAGCCCUCACAUUGACAUGGGCCUGGAUGGUGUGGAGAUCAUCACCAAUGCCUCGGGCAGCCACCAUGUGCUACGUAAAGCCCAUACCAGGGUGGAUCUGGUGACCAUGGCCACCUCCAAGAAUGGUGGCAUCUACCUCCUAGCCAACCAGAAGGGCUGCGACGGUGACCGUCUCUACUAUGAUGGCUGUGCCAUGAUUGCCAUGAACGGGAGUAUCUUUGCCCAGGGCACUCAGUUCUCCCUGGAUGAUGUGGAGGUCCUCACUGCCACCCUGGACCUGGAGGAUGUCCGGAGCUACAGGGCAGAGAUCUCAUCUCGAAACCUGGAGGCAAGCAGGGUGAGCCCGUAUCCCCGGGUGAAUGUGGAUUUUGCCCUCUCGGUCAGUGAGGACUUGUUAGAACCGGUGUCAGAACCUGUGGAGUGGACAUACCACAGUCCCGAGGAGGAGAUAAGCCUCGGGCCUGCCUGCUGGCUCUGGGACUUCCUCCGACGGAGCAAACAGGCUGGGUUUUUCCUGCCCCUGAGUGGCGGUGUGGAUAGUGCAGCCAGCGCCUGCAUCGUCUACUCCAUGUGCUGCCUGGUCUGCGAGGCUGUGAAGAGUGGAAAUCAGCAGGUGCUGGGCGACAUCCAAAGUCUGGUGAACGAGAACAGCUACACCCCACAAGAUCCCCGGGAGCUCUGCGGACGCCUGCUCACCACUUGCUACAUGGCCAGUGAGAACUCCUCCCAGGAGACCCACAGCAGGGCCACAGAGCUAGCUCAGCAGAUUGGAAGCUACCACAUCAGUCUGAGCAUUGACACCGCCGUGAAGGCUGUCCUGGGCAUCUUCAGCCUGGUGACCGGGAAGUUCCCUCGGUUUUCAGCACACGGAGGGAGCAGCAGGGAGAACCUGGCCUUGCAGAAUGUGCAGGCUCGGAUAAGGAUGGUCCUCGCCUACCUGUUCGCUCAGCUGAGCCUCUGGUCCCGGGGCAUUCAAGGGGGCCUUCUUGUGCUUGGAUCUGCUAAUGUGGAUGAGAGUCUCCUCGGCUACCUGACCAAGUAUGACUGUUCCAGCGCGGACAUCAACCCGAUAGGCGGCAUCAGCAAGACAGACCUGAGAGCCUUCGUCCAGUUCUGCGCUGAGUGCAUCCAGCUUCCCGCUCUGCAGACCAUCCUGUCAGCACCGGCCACUGCAGAGCUGGAGCCCUUAGCCAACGGGCAGGUGUCUCAGACAGAUGAGGAAGACAUGGGGAUGACAUACUCAGAACUCUCCGUCUUCGGCAGACUUCGGAAGGUCGCCAAGGCUGGGCCCUACAGUAUGUUCUGCAAACUGCUCAACAUGUGGAAAGAUAGCUGUACACCAAGACAGGUGGCUGAGAAGGUGAAGCAAUUUUUCUCGAAGUACUCCAUGAACAGGCACAAGAUGACAACCCUCACGCCAGCAUAUCACGCUGAAAGCUACAGUCCUGACGACAACAGGUUUGACCUGAGACCCUUUCUGUACAACACAGCUUGGCCCUGGCAGUUCCGCCACAUUGAUGACCAGGUUCUGCAGCUUGAGAGGAAAGAACAGCAGGGCCCGAAAGACUGCGUCUAGGAGCGGUUGGAAGAGCCAUCACCUUUACGGAAGCACCUCCUCCCUAGAGAUCCCUACUGUGAUUUCAAAUCCCCAGUGGUCAGGACCAGAGACCCUGCCACUGCCCUGCUAGAGCCAGGGUGUGUUUACCUUUCAGGAAGAGAGCGAAGUUCAUUCUAAUGCCAUAAAGAAUAAGCAAAAAUGCUCUUUUUAAAAUGUGAUUUUUAAAAUAAAAUAUUAUUUUAUGUGUA